AAAAUUCUUGAUUACCCCACAGCCAGCAAACACAAAAACGUAACAAAAGUAUUAUGGAACCCUCGAAUACACAAAGCAACAAUAAACCAAAUUCCACCACCGCUUCUCAGCCCUUCAACCACCAGCAUGGCGGCGCGCGAUCGGCGCCGUUCAUCUCUUCCAUCUCCAUCCACGCGGCGGCAGCAGGGCGAGUUCUGGGUGGAGGGAAUAAUACGAGUGGAACAACCGGGUCGGGUUCUGGGUCAUCGUCGAGUUCUUCGACUAGCGCCUCCACGGCUUCCGCGGCGGCUCCUGUGGAGCCGCCGCGGCUUGUCGACGCCUCGCUCGCCAUUGCCACCAGAUCGGAGGCGUUGCUUGACCCUUCCAAGAAGCCGCAGCCGCCGCCGUCGUCGGCGGCUCAGCAGCUGGCGAAAAGAUCAACGAAGGACCGCCACACAAAAGUGGACGGGCGGGGGCGGCGCAUCCGAAUGCCGGCGGCUUGCGCGGCUAGGGUUUUCCAGCUGACUAGGGAGCUGGGGCACAAGUCGGACGGGGAAACAAUUGAGUGGCUGUUACAACAGGCGGAGCCGGCUAUCAUAGCCGCCACCGGCACCGGCACCAUCCCGGCGAAUUUCUCCACCCUCAAUAUCUCGCUCCGGAGCAGCGGCUCGACUCUCUCGGCGCCGCCGUCGAAAUCCGCGCCGCAUUCUUUCCACAACACAUUAGCUCUAGCCGCGGCUCACCAUCCGCCCGCUCACCCUUUUGAAGAAGGCUUCUCACAUAUGCUAGGGUUCCACCAAACCCCUCACUUCCUAACCGCAAACCAAAUCGCCGACACAAUUUCCGGCGGCGGAGAUGACGGCGGCGGCGGCGGAGGUAGAGGACAAGAAACAACUGAGAAUUACUUGGGAAAAAGAUAUAGAGAAGAUUUAUUCAAAGACGAAGGCUCAAGUAAUCCCCAAGGAGAAUCUCCCGGUGCCGGCGCCGGCGCCGGCACCGGCAACUCCGAUUCGCCGUCAAAUAAGCAAUUCAAACCCGCCAGUAUGAAUCUCCCUAAGCCAAUCCAGGAAACUACAGCCGGACCGUCGUCUACUAUGUUCCGACACACAAAUAUGAUGCCCGCCGCCGCUAUGUGGGCGGUGGCCAGCGGCGGCACCGGAGGUGCCGCCGCUGGCACUUUCUCAAUGCUUCCGGUGGGCCCCGUCGCCAGCACAUCCGGAUCCGAACCGGGUCAAAUGUGGGCUUUCCAAACUAGCACCGGAAAUACCCUUCAAGCGCCGUUACAUUUCAUGUCAAGGUUCAAUCUUCCGGGCAAUCUUGAUUUUCCGGCCAGCCGAGCCACGCCAUUGCAGCUCGGCUCAAUGAUAAUGCAACACCAACAACAACAACAACAACAGCAGCCUUCCCAGCAAUUGGGGUUAGGAAUGCCAGACGGAAACCUGGGGAUGUUAGCGGCGUUCAACGCCUAUCCAAGAACCGGUUUGAACAUGAACUCCGAUCACCACCAAACCGGCCGGCACCCAUUGGAACAUCAUCAGCAACACCACCAAACUCCCGACGACAGCGCCGAUGAUGACCCCAACACCUCCCAGUAACUUCUCCACAAUUUUCCAUUAUUUGAGAUUUUCGAAGUGUGAUGAGUGAUGAAUAUAUUGGUUAGUUGAUGAAGCUGGGGAUUUCCAUCAUCCAUGGAACACAGAUCGAGAGAGGUAUCUACUUGUAGUUUUGUCUGUGCUUAAUUUUACCUUUUUUUCUUUUUCUUUGUAUUUUUUUCUUUGAGAAUCUUUGUUUUUUUUCUUGGGGUUUCUAGAUUGGUGUGAAGAGUUUGAAAUGUAUUUUGGUAGCUAAUUAGGAGUGAAGAGAGAGAGAGAGAGAGCGCUUUGUAUAGGAGGAUCGUAUGUCUUUGUGCUUAAUUAUAUUAAAAUUUCCACCUUUCUUCUUUUCCGUA